UACAAGGAAUAUUUUCCAUAAACACAUUGGAUUUUAUUGUACGUUUAUUUGUUUUCUGUUGUUAACCGUCCAUUCGGUAGCCAGUCAGUUAUUGCGGUAGUUAGGAUGGCGCGGGUCGUGUUUCUUUGUCUUUUAUUAAGUGUUUUGGCUGUGGCGCAAGCCGCAGACCAAACUGCCGGCAAGGCGCCUCGCCUGCCGCUGAACGACGGGCGCUCCAUCCCGGCGCUCGGACUGGGCACCUUCCUCGGCUUUGAUGAGAAAGGCCAGAAAGCGGCUAAAGAACGCGAGGUCGAGAACGCGGUGACCUGGGCGCUGAACGCCGGCUACAGACUCAUAGACACUGCAUCAUUAUACAAUAAUGAACACCUCGUGGCCAGUGGAAUUGAGGAGUCAGGGGUGAAGAGAGAAGACGUGUUUAUUGUUACUAAGCUUGGAACACCAGAACAGCGUGACGUGCUCGGCUCGCUGAGGAAGUCUCUGCAGCGACUCAACACCAGCUACGUGGACCUGUACUUGAUACACUUCCCUAUCGCUUUCAAGGCGGACCUCAAGACCUACGACGUCAUAGACUACCUAGACACCUGGCGGGCCAUGGAGGAGGCCCAUGCCCAGGGCUUGGCGCGGUCCAUCGGAGUCUCCAACUUCAACGUCACUCAGAUGCAGCGGCUGCUGGACCACUGUCGGGUGAAGCCGGCUGUGUUGCAAGUCGAGGUAAACCUGAACCUGGCCCAAGAAGCCCUCCUCAACUUUACCCGCCAGCACGACAUCCAGGUCAUGGCCUACUCCCCGUUCGGCUCUCUAUUCGACUCCAACCCCGCCCCGCCGCCACCCCGGGUGGGCGACGAGACAUUAGUGAAGAUAGCUGGGAAAUACAAGAAGACUACGCCUCAAGUUGUGCUGAGGUAUUUGAUACAACGCGGCGUGGUCCCAAUCCCGAAGUCUGUGCGCAAAGAGAAGAUAGAACAGAACAUCGACGUGUUCGACUUCGAAUUGACCCCCGAGGAGAUGGACACGCUGAGUAAAUUCAACAAGAACUACCGCUUAGUGUGGCCCACCUUCUGGCAAGACCACCCCUACUACCCCUUCGAGCAGAGCGACAAGCCCGGCCCCAACCCCUUCGAGGGGGUCAAGGAGUAAACAUCAGUUAGCGUAGCACGGGCCGCAAGACGUG